AUGUAUAUGCAAGUCUCCUCCCCGUCAACCGAUUCAACCAUUCGGCUGCAAUUAAACUUCCAGUCACCAAAUUACGCUGAAUCCAAGACGGUCGAAUGUUCUGGCGGACCGAGGUCCCAACGGAUUUUCAAAUCUCGAGUGCAAGAACUGUUGAACAUAUGCGACACCGCUUCACCAUUUCUCCUGGUCGGCCAACCUGCUCCAAACGCGUUUGUUCUAGUUUCCAAACGAUCGAAUGAAGGUUCCGAACCGCUGUCUUCAACCAAUGGCUCAGUCCAGUCGCGACCUCGGUUUCAUGUUAUCAUUGGACCGCAGUUGUGCAGUUGCAUGGACCCAGGUGCAGGUGGUGCGAACGAACCAACUCCUUGCGUUCACAUACUGUUCGUCCUGUUUCGUGUACUACACGCCCCGCUAGAUGACCCGUCUCUUGCGCUAACCCCGUUGCCGACAUCUAAGGCAGAAUCAUUAAUCCAAGCGCAUUUGAAACGCAAACAACGUGAUUUUCUCCAGUCUACAAAGGGACAGAAGUGCUACUUAUCUCAGGUCUCUAUAACCGAACUGAAAACCACCUCACCCCGAGAUUUAGGCUGCAGUCAGAUACGACCAUCUUCACCAGACACGCGGCUAAUUCCCUUAGCGAUGCCGAAACCAAUUCAUCCAUCCCGAAUCCCUCCUGUCUCUCUCUCAUCGGCCGAUUCUCACCCCAAUCAAACACCACAACUAUUGGCUGCGAUGCACGCCACUCGACAAAAUUCACCCGAUUGUUGUGAGUUAUCCAAACUAACCACCGGUAUCCAACCAUCCCCGAGGCAUGAAGCAGCCAGCGCGGAUCCGAUCACCAUUGCCAGUGGGACGACCACAACCACAUGCGCAUCCCGUACCAGUUCCACAGAGAGCACGGACAGUCCCGCUAGACCAACAAGGAUGUAUCGUUCAGCCCGGUCAGUGAAACAUCAUUCGGAUUUGGCUAAAAGUGGUCAACAGGCCAGCAUGAGUUCACUCACUCGACGUCCUCGCACGGUUCCGCAGCCAGAUCUUCCACCUCGUAAUUCCAGUCAGAAUGGAACACGCGUAAUCAGGCAUGCCUGUUCCACUACUUUCCGUCCAAUUCGAGAUCACAGUCCCGAGCAUAAACUGACUCCCAUUCGUUCGGAAGAGACCAGCGCAGAGAAUAGUCUGAAACACGAUCUAUUUUGGCACAAACGAGAGCAAUCGUGCGACAAUUCUCCAAACCCCGGUCAUCAUCAAAUCGGUCCCAAACGUGCGAGUUCAUUUCGUCACUGGAACUCCGGACCGUUCAAACCGAUUUCCGACAAAACCGAUUCGACUGGGGUCAGUUUCUCUCCUCCGGCGUCUCCUACUCUUGUUCCGGUCGCAGAUUCAUUGCAAGCCCAGGUUGCAUGUGUCACCACCUUUUGCCACGAUGUACCUGAUCAGCAGGAAAGAUUGUGUGCUCUUUGCUUACACUCACUGAGUGUGGACGCGAAUUCCGAUGAAGCAUUAUUCCAAUGCCGAACGACAGACUCCGCACAACAAUGUGUGGCUACUUUUCACCGGAGUUGUUGCCAGAUUUGGUUAGAGGAAAUUGAACUCGAUGGAGAUUCGGCACAUUGUCCCGUUUGCCUUUGCCGUUGGGAGACGCUACCUCUUGACUGCCCGUUACAACUGGUCAAUGAACCUGCUAGACCUGGUUGUCCGUGUUCCGAAGUCGGUUCCAGUUCCGGCAUGGGACACCUAAACUCAGAUAGCCACGUGACGUCGGAUCCAAUCAGUUCGUGUUGCGACUCCGGGUUUGAAUCUCGCGAGGCCCCCAUGCUCCUGGAAUCUCGCACGUGCGCUCCAUCUGGUCCAAACGCAACAGCUGCCCGUGGCACGCUCACACAGAGCCCAUUCCCGGAUUACAAACUCUGUGUAUCAGCUUUCUCACUUGAGGUUGGUGUCUGUGAAUGCGCUGGCUUCAUUUUUUGA